AUGUCGGCACUACGGGAAGGGUCUCGGGUGGCCCGCCACAUAUCCAAUUGCCGUUCGACAUUGCCAUUGGCGUCGAAAUACGCCAGGAGAUUCGCAACAUCUGCGGCCUCGUCCUCGGUUGAUGCUAAUCUGGCUGAGCUCGAAACUAGCACGACGACGCUUCCACCGCCGGAUGAAAAGAUAAUCCAGGCCUUUAACUCGGAAAGCCGUGCCGGACGUCGGCUGCCGGGAAAUAGGUAUCAAUAUCAUCCGCCCAAGUACGAUCGUGGUCCGCUCCACCCCAUACAAUCUCCCGCACGAUCCGACCCCGUCGCUCGAAACUUCAUGCCCGGUCCUUUCAACCUGCCCCGUCUGAAGCAGACCUACGACCACACCAUCUCGUCCGACCUCCUUACCCUCGCCUAUCUCCACAAGCCUCCCGGCACUCCUAAGGCCCCCGAGCGAGAGCGUCUACGAAAGUGGGUUGGUGACUCGCCAUACUUCGAGAACCGACCGCUGCGUGGUCCCCGAGGAUCGUCGAAUCUUCCUCUCCUCGAGAAGGACAUUACCUUCAACAACAUCCCUCAGAUUCACGCCGUGCAUAUGAACUGCUUCGUACCCAAGGCUAUCAAGGAUUAUGAUCAGCUUUACGUUGCCCGAGCGGUAAUUCAGUCCAUCAGCGGACGCAUCCCGAGGGUGACGUGGAUCAAAACCGGUGUCGCCCAGUGGAAGACCCAAAAUGGUGACAAUUCUGGCUGCAAGGUGACCAUAUUCGGUGACCAAGCCAUCGAGUUUGUUGAUAAGCUUAUCAACUUGGUGUUCCCUAAAAUCAAGGAUUGGCCUGGUCUUACUGCCGGUUUUGAUGGCAGCGGCAACCUCAGUUUCGGUUUUGGCCCGACAGAAAUGGCCCUGUUCCCUGAGAUCGAGUAUAACUUUGAUAGCUUGCCUGGCUGCCACUUUAUUUUGGAGACAACUGCUACCUCGGAUCGCCAGGCGCAGUUGCUUCUACGUGCCCUCGGUAUCCCUUUCAAGAGCGAGUAA